CGCGCCCGCUCAGGUCACGUGGGGAGGGGCUGAUCUCGUCCCAGGAAGCAUGGCGCUCUGGCGGGCGUACCAGCGGGCACUGACUGCUCACCCGUGGAAAGUACAGAUCCUGACAGCUGGGUCCCUGAUGGGCCUGGGUGACAUUAUCUCACAGCAACUCGUGGAGAGGCGGGGUCUGCGGAAACACCGGAUCAGUCGGACCGUGACCAUGGUCUUUCUGGGCUGUGGCUUUGUGGGCCCUGUAGUAGGAGGCUGGUACAAGGUUUUGGACCGGCUCAUCCCUGGCACCACCAAGGUGGAUGCUCUGAAGAAGAUGUUGUUGGACCAGGGGGGCUUUGCCCCAUGUUUUCUAGGCUGUUUCCUCCCACUGGUAGGGGCACUCAAUGGACUGUCAGCCCAGGAAAACUGGGCCAAACUCCAGCGGGAUUACCCUGCCGCCCUCGCCACCAACUACUGUCUCUGGCCCGCUGUGCAGCUAGCCAACUUCUACCUGGUUCCCCUUUAUUACAGGUUGGCUGUUGUCCAGUGUGUUGCUGUUAUCUGGAACUCCUACCUGUCCUGGAAGGCACAUCGGCUCUAAGCCUGCCUUGCUCCAUUGCUUCCGCCUGGCAGCCAUGCAGCUUGACCCUGGGAGGCCUGAAAGUGGGCACAUCGGUUUUCAUGGGGGUCCGUCGUUGGUCAGAACUUAACGGGUCACCCCUAUGAAAUGGCCCAUUCUGCUCUAAAAUGUAAACUGACUCCUUUUGAAUUCACUAAAAUCUUUAUAAUGGCCUUAUGCUCACCACAUAGUAGGCAUUCCACAAAUAUUUGUGGAACCAUAUGCUCUUUGGCAACUUUAAUUUAUUCCCAUAUCCUGGCAAAUGCUAUUUACCCCUGCUUUUCAUAGAUACAUUUGUUUCUCUAACUGUUCCCAGCCCUAGUGCAGCUCCAGUUCUCUGGGGAUCCCCUCAAACUCUAUGUGCUACUUCCAUAACUAUGUUAUAAAACAAAACUGUAAUCUGGAAUCUGCAGAGGCAAUGAGUAAGAUCCAAGAGAAAAAUACUGGGGAGUCAAAAUUUCUGGAGAUGGAAAGAAGGCUAGAAACCACCAAGCCCAAUCUUCUUUUACAGAUGAGGACACUGAGGUCCAUAGAGGUGAGGUGACCUGUCCAUGCCACAAGUUAGUGGCAGAAUAGAAACUUCAACCCACGUCCUAUAAAUUGAACUUUUGUACAACCCCCAAAUUCACAUGGUGAAAAUUUAAGGUGAUAGUGCUGGGAGGUGAUUAGGGCAGAGCCCCCACGGGAUUAGCACCGUUAUAAAAGAUGCCCUGGGAGGGCACUGCAAGAAAGCACCAGUUACCGGCCGUUACGCAGACCUUCAUCAGACACCGAGUCUACUGGCACUGCCAUCUUGGACUUCCCAGCCUCCAGAGCUCUGAGAAAUAAAUAUUUGUCAUUUGUAAGCCACCCAGUUUGUGGGGGG